GUGUUGAGUGAGACCUUCAUUAUUUGCUUUAUCAAUAACGUCAAAAUAGAGCUUCAUAAGACAGUUGACAAGCAAAGCAAAUGUCACUUGUUGUGUCAUUCUUCUGACGGGUCCCAUCAUUCCACAACCGGCAAAGCCUUUCAAUCAUCAUUCGGCCUGCUCUGAUACUGCUCACCAAUUGAUACACCACUUACAACCAUGGCUUCAAAGAAAUCAAAGCCAGCCCCAACUGAUGACGAAUUGAAUGAGCUUUUGGAAGGCAUUGACGAGGUUAAAGUUAAAGCACCUGCUUCCAAGGGAGCUGCAAAAUCACAUAAAACAAAACAACCAUCUCAAUCAGAACAAGAUCUGCUUGCGGAACUGGAAAACCUUGGAGCACAGCAACCAAGUCGACCACAUACUCCACGAAUUCAACAGGUGAAACGUUCAAACACAGCAACCCCGCCACCAGCAUCUCGCAAAAGUGAGGACAGAUCAAGCGAGGAGAAACCUACUUUGCCCCGGAAAUCUGUUGACAGCACUCGAUCAUUUCAUACUAGUUUUACCCCUUCAGCAACUAGUAGCGAUCUUCCAGAAGCGGAAAAGAAAGCUCCAAUUGCUCAGGCUGCUACUGAAGCCCCUUCAGCGGGUGGAGGAUGGUCAUGGGGAAGUGUCUUUGCAACAGCAACAGCAACAGCUAGUGCAGCAGUCAACCAUGCUCAAGCUGCAGUGAAGGAAAUACAACAAAAUGAAGAAGCUAAACGAUGGGCAGAACAAGUCAAAGGAAACGUUGGAGUUCUUAGAGGCUUUGGUGGUGAGUUGACAUCUAGAGCUCUUCCAACCUUUACAAACAUUCUUCAUACUAUCGCACCACCCAUUUCGUCCCACGAACGACUCCAAAUCCAUAUCACUCAUGAUUUUAUUGGAUAUCCUUCUCUCGACCCUCUCAUCUAUUCUACAUUCUCUCGUGUGAUGGCCCAAGUUGAGGGAGGAGAUCUGCUUGUCAUUCAGCGUGGUCACGAAUCUACAGCACGUCGCGCAUCCGAGGCUGGAUAUACUGGAGGCAAUGCAGGAUGGAGUGAUGGACCGUGGUGGCGCGUAGGAACCGACAAUCGUGAUAUUGGUUCCGUCAAAGGACUUAUCGAAGGAACGAAACUCGUCCGCGUAAGCGCAGAAGCUUAUUCGAAGGAAUAUUUUGAUGCGCAUGGUGGACUCGAACUCGCAGCUCAGCGAGCUACCGAAGAUCUUAGCGAAUCAAAUCCAGUUCGCAGCAGCGAUAUUUUCAUGGCCGUCCAAGCGAUUACCCAUGAAGCACCAGAAGAUUUGUUCCAAGGAGGUCCAGUAAAAGAGGCAGAAGGAGGCGUGGUUGACGAAAAACCAAAACCAGAUGAAUUAAUUUCUUUCGCUAUUUACCUUCAAGAUCCAAUCCAUAGCAUCACUUUCUAUACACUUACUCAAGCUAUUCCUGCUAAAUGGAUUCAAUGGCUCGAUGCCCCAGCUCCCUUAACUCCAACCUCCACAUCUUCACCCUCUAAAGAGAAGUCAGGGUUCUUCGGUGCAGAAUCAGAGAAUGCGCAUGCAGGAUUGCCAGAGGAGAUUCAACAAAUUAUAGAGAGCGGAGGAGUAGAUCCGCGCGAAUGGGUUGCAGAAUGGGUGGAAGAGACAUUGAGUUUAGGUGUGGGAGUUAUAGCACAAAGAUAUGUGGCAAGGAGGAUGGGAGUUGGUGAAGGUGGUAUUGGUAAGGGGAAGGCUAGGAUGGAGGAAGUACUUGGAGAUGGAGGUGGGGAGGCAGCAAGAGCGGGGUUAAUCUGAUGAGGCUCAGAGACAAGGAAAGGAAAUGGGUUGAAUGGAAGAUAAUACAAUAUCGGUGGUUCUUACGUGUGAUUUGAUAUGAUUGUCUGAGGCGUUUUGAUUCUUUCGUCGCAUCAUGGCGUAGUCGUACUUGAGGAUUGGUUGGUGAUAGGAUUUUUGACGUCGUGUUAAUGAAACAAUGCAUACAUUACUAUCUUCUUUUCAUUGACAGAUGACGGAAUGUUACCAUUUCUGUA